CAUUUGUUUCUAGAGGGUCAUAUUCGGGAUCGCACGAGCGUGGCAUGCUGGUUGGGACGCCGUCAAAAUAUCAUAAACGUUAUUCAGCGGUAAAAAAUGGAGAACGUGGAGCCACUCCGUGUUCUGGAGUUAUACAGCGGAAUAGGAGGGAUGCAUUAUGCUUUAAAGGAGAGCUCGCUUCGUGCUGAAGUUGUUGCUGCUGUGGAUGUCAACACAACAGCCAAUGAAAUCUACAAACACAACUUCCCCAACACCCCGCUCCUGCCAAAAACUAUCGAGGGCAUGGCAUUACAGGAUUUUGACAAACUGAAUUUUGAUGUGAUUUUGAUGAGCCCACCAUGUCAGCCGUUCACCAGGAUUGGUUUGCAGGGAGACGUUGCUGACCCCAGAACUAAGAGCUUCCUCUAUAUCCUGGAGCUUCUGCCAAGGCUCAGCAAGCGGCCAAGCUUCAUUCUGCUGGAGAAUGUGAAGGGCUUUGAGAUCUCUGCUGCAAGGGAUUCUUUGCUUAAGACGUUGAGAGAGUGUGACUACAGCUUUCAAGAGUUUCUGAUUUCACCAACAUCUCUUGGUAUACCAAACUCUAGGCUCAGAUACUUCCUCAUUGCAAAGAGACGACCGGGAUCCUUCUCAUUCCUGACUUCAGCAGAGAUUAUAGAGGGCUUCCCUGAGUCUGAAUCAGCAGACAGUCUCACUCUUCCACACAAUCAGCCUGCAUCAUCUGAGUGUGAGAGAGAAAAGACUGGGGCUAUCAUUUUUAAGAUGGAGACAGUGCAAGAGUUGGAAAGGAAGAGGAUCCAGGACAGUCAAGAAACAGUCCGGAGGCUGCAGGACUUCCUGCAGAAGGAUAAAGACAUGGAUCAGUAUUUGUUGGCCCCCAAAACCCUGCUCAGAUAUGCUUUACUGAUGGAUGUAGUUCAGCCCGGCAGCAGGAGAUCAGUCUGCUUUACUAAAGGUUAUGGCCACUACGUGGAGGGCACGGGCUCUGUCCUGCAGUCCUGUGUGGAUGUGGAGCUCGAGAGUGUGUUCAAGAACCUGGAGCUGCUAUCCGAAGAGGACAAACUAAAGCAGCUUCUUCAGUUAAAGCUGAGAUACUUCACUCCCAGAGAGAUCGCCAACCUCAUGGGCUUUCCCGCAGAUUUCACUUUUCCAAAUCACAUUUCCGUUAAGCAGCAAUACCGUGUGCUGGGAAACAGCCUGAACGUCCAUGUGGUUUCACAUCUUAUACGUCUCAUGAUCUCAAAAUAAACAUUGCGUGGACUGAAAGAAAACAGCAUUGCACAAGGAUCAUUGUUGUAUAAUGUGUAUAUCUAUCUAUAUAGUACCUUUUUAAUGUGGCGUUUUUAGGCCGCUUAUAUUGUUUUUUUCUGUAAAUUUGUAUAUUAAUAAAAUGUUAUUUUUACUAAA